AUGUUUGCGCCUUUGCAGGAUGAGAAGGAACAGCUGUUAUCAACAUGGUGCAUAUAUAAUCAGUAUUGGAAAGAUGAAUUUCUAACAUGGGAUCCACUGGAGUAUGACAAUAUUUCUCAAAUUUCUCUUCCCUCUCAGGAGGUAUGGAUCCCGGAUGUGUAUAUCAAUGAAUUCGUGGAGUCAGGAAUAACCCCACCACAGAAUUUUCUCUACAUUACACACACAGGACUAGUAAACUACCAAAGAUCAUUGAAAAUGACAUCAAUGUGUAGGUUCUACGUUUACUACUUCCCUUUUGAUCAGCACAACUGUACAGUGACCUUUCAAAGCCACCUUCAUACAGUUGAACAUAUUAAUGUGUCGUUAUGGAGGACAUUAGAGGAAAUGAAGAAGGAUCUGAAGAAGUUUUACAGUGAAGGAGAAUGGAUACUGCUCGGUAUCGAUGCCAGUUACGUAGAAGCAGAUGAUAAAGGGAAAACAUUUGGUUUGCUAGUAGUCUACGUCAUCUUCAGAAGAAAUCCAACUUUUUAUGUUGUGAAUCUAAUUAUUCCCAGCGUGUUUCUCAUAAUUAUGGAUAUUAUUGGUUUCUACAUCCCGCCAGAAAGUGGAGAGAGGAUUUCUUUCAAGAUCACCCUCCUUCUGGGUUACUCGGUCUUCCUCAUCAUAGUUUCAGAAAACUUACCUGCCUCAUCCAGAGGAACUCCAAUAAUAGAGGUGUAUUUCUUGGUCUGCAUGGCUCUGCUCAUCAUCAGCUUGACAGAAAGUAUUUUCAUAGUUCGUAUAGUCAAUAAGAAAAAUAUCCAGUCAAAGGUUCCCAAAUGGAUGAAGAAAUUGCUUCUGGGACAUAUGGCUGUCUUUCUUCACAUGAAGGACAAGAGACGUUAUUUUGGGUCUCUUGAUACAGGGAGAGAGAUUGACACCACAAGCACUGGUUAG